CUAUCUUGGAGAUAAACGGGCCCCAGUGUGUCAAAUUGGAUAUUAUUCGUAAAACAUAAAGCGCAUUCAUUACGAGAGACACGUUGGAUUUUGGAAAGGAGUAUGUCUGGCCGCCCUAGAACCACCUCCUUCGCCGAGAGCUGCAAACCAGUGCCGCAGCCAUCCGCCUUCGGCAACACGAAAGUCAGCAGAGACAAGGAUGGCAGCAAGGUGACAACGGUGGUGGCGACCCCAGGCCAGGGGCCUGACAGGCCGCAGGAGGUCAGCUACACGGACACCAAGGUCAUCGGCAACGGCUCGUUCGGCGUGGUCUACCAGGCCAAGCUCUGUGACUCAGGAGAACUGGUGGCCAUUAAGAAGGUCCUGCAGGACAAGAGGUUCAAGAAUCGGGAGCUUCAGAUCAUGAGGAAGUUGGACCACUGCAACAUUGUACGCCUCCGAUACUUUUUCUACUCCAGCGGGGAUAAGAAGGAUGAGGUGUAUCUGAACCUUGUCCUGGACUACGUCCCUGAGACCGUCUACAGAGUAGCCAGACAUUACAGCCGGGCCAAACAGACCCUCCCUAUGGUUUAUGUAAAGUUGUAUAUGUACCAGCUCUUCAGGAGUCUGGCCUAUAUCCAUUCCUUUGGAAUCUGCCAUAGGGACAUAAAACCCCAAAACCUGCUGCUGGACCCAGAGACAGCUGUCCUUAAGCUCUGUGACUUCGGCAGUGCUAAGCAGCUGGUUCGCGGGGAGCCAAACGUGUCCUACAUCUGUUCGCGGUAUUACAGAGCCCCUGAACUCAUUUUUGGAGCCACUGACUACACCUCCAGCAUAGAUGUGUGGUCGGCUGGCUGUGUGCUGGCUGAACUGUUGCUAGGGCAACCAAUUUUCCCCGGCGACAGCGGAGUAGAUCAGCUGGUAGAGAUCAUCAAGGUAUUGGGCACACCCACUCGUGAGCAGAUCCGAGAGAUGAACCCUAAUUACACAGAGUUCAAGUUUCCGCAGAUAAAGGCCCACCCAUGGACUAAGGUGAGUCAGCAGGUGUUCCGGCCGCGCACCCCUCCAGAAGCCAUCGCCCUGUGCUCUAGGCUGCUGGAGUACACACCCACUGCCCGUCUCACCCCCCUGGAGGCCUGCGCACACUCUUUCUUUGACGAACUUCGGGACCCCAACAUUAAACUCCCCAAUGGGCGGGAGAAACCAUCAUUAUUCAACUUCACCACUCAAGAAUUAUCCAGUAACCCAUCACUGGCCACGAUAUUGAUUCCUGCACAUGCGCGUAAUCAGGCAGGAGCCUCCACUCCCACCACAGGUGUGACCACUACAGACACCAACAGUGGAGAGCGUGGACAGACCACCACCACAGCCUCGGCCUCUGCCUCCAACACCUCCACCUGAGUGCCCCAACCAAUCACAUCCAGCCCAGCCGUGCAAGGCCCUGUUCUGCUGCUCCCCAGCUGAAUGGGUGGGGUUUGAACCAUCUAAACACAACUUUCCAAGAGCCAACCGUUAUUUAAGUGUUUUUGACGCUGUCUAUAAUGACUGUAUGUGGAAACAACUCUCCUCAGUGUGAUUUCAUAGAAGACGAAAAAGAGUGAAAGAGAGAGAGGUGAGAAAAGGCUCAGGGUGAGAACAUACCUUAAAAACUGUCACAUAGGUAACCAGAGUUUUCACAGGUGGACAAUCUCUCAGCUCAAAGCAAUUCAGUAGCCAAAUCCAUCUUCUUCCGUCUCUUCAGUUUAACAAACCGGCUGUUCAAAUGGGCUCCUUUCCCUCUUGCUUAGUGUCCUUCCUCAUCUCCGCCUCUCGCUCUCCCCUUCCAUUUACUCCACUCUGCUCUGGCUUAGCAGAUGGUUCAUGACCCGAAUUUGGUCGGGCGCGUCCAGGGAUCCUAAGGGGCAAAAAUGAUUUGACAUAUGAGACUAGAAAAAUCCCUAAAAGCUCCACACAUCCUGCUCUCGGUUUAAGUUUGUGUACACAAAGCACCCCGUCAGACACGCAACACAAUCACCACAGCCACCAUGUUUCUGCAACAAAGCCAACUGCAAAGAAAAGGUUCCACGUGGUCUGAAGUUUUCUUUAGAAGGUUUAAAUUCAUGUAGUCAUGUUUUGUUAUUUUAUAUUGAAAAGUGGAACUAUAUGGGUUGGGUAGGGUGAGGGAGGAUCUUGGCUGACUUUAGAGACUUGUCUCAGUUUCUCUUGUAUUAUACACAUACAUACAC